AUGGUGUAUGGACAGAUUCUUCAUAGACACGGCCCAGACGACUGCUUCAUCAAUGUAAACGUGGGGGGGUUCAAACGACGGGUGGAGCAUGACGUCCUGAAACGUUUUCCACAGACCCGUCUGGGACGUCUGCUGUGCUGCCGCUCCAAAGAGUCGAUCCUGGAGCUCUGUGACGACUUCAGCCCCUCUGACAUGGAGUUCUACUUCGACCGCAACCCCAACUUCUUCUGUUAUGUUCUCAACUUCUACCUCACGGGCAAAAUCCACCUGAUGGAGGGACUGUGCGUGGUCUCCUUCAGCCAGGAGAUUGAGUACUGGGGCAUCAAGGAGCGCCACCUCGACUACUGCUGCAGCGGCAGAUUUCAGGAGCUGAGGGAGUUCGCCGAGGAUGAGGACUGGGAGAGGAAGAGCGACGAGCGGCGGUCUCAGAGCUCUGGCUUGUCUUCUGAAGAGCUGUCGUCCCUGGAAACGGAUCUCGAGAUGUUCGAAGGCUCCUGGUGCGCGGACGUCCGCCGGAAUAUGUGGCUCCGGCUGGAGAACCCGGGCUACUCCGCUUCAGCUAAGGUCAUCGCUUUAGCGUCCCUCGGCGUGGUUGUUCUCUCCAUCGUGGCCAUGUGCAUCCACAGCAUGCCAGACUUCCACCACACAGAUCUGAACGACAAGGAGAUCGAAGACCCUGUGCUGGCCGUCUUCGAGAACAUCUGCGUCCUGUUUUUCUCGGUGGAGUUUCUCGUCCGUUUGGCCGCGGCACCCUCGGCCUGCAAGUUCCUGCGCGGUCCGCUCAACCUCAUCGACUUCGUCUCCGUCCUGCCCUUCUACACCACUUUGGCCUUGGAUGGAGUCGACAAAGGGGAGGGCGCAGAGCUGGAAAACGUGGGCAAAGUGGUGCAGAUCCUCAGGCUCAUGCGGGUUUUUCGCAUCCUGAAGCUGGCCCGCCACUCGGUCGGGCUCCGAUCUCUCGGCGCCACGCUCAGGCACAGCUUCCGUGAGGUGGGGCUCCUGGUCCUCUUCUUGUCGGUUGGCAUAUCCAUCUUCUCCGUUCUCGUAUACUUUGUGGAGAAGGAGUCUCCGGAAUCUGAGCUGCACACCAUCCCCAUUGGCUGGUGGUGGGCGACCAUCAGUAUGACCACGGUGGGCUAUGGUGACACCUGCCCGGUCACGCUCGCUGGGAAGAUAGUAGGGACUCUGUGCAUCAUCUGCGGGCUGCUUGUCGUGGCCCUGCCGAUUACAAACAUCUUUAAUAAGUUCUCAAAGUUUUACCAGAGGCAGAAAGCAAUAGAGGUCGGUCCGUGUCACCAUUAG